CAAGGCGAUGCAGCCCAGACGCAUACGCUGCAGCGAACAAGCGAGGAAGAUGUCGGCAAGACCAUAAUUUACUUUCCUCGAGACCCUAUUACGCGCUAAAAGCAGCUGGAAAGGAUAGCCGAGCUUGGCCUAGAGCACAUGAAUCAACAACAGAUCAGCACGACGCUGCUGGGGCAUAAAAUUGUCCUGCAAGACGUUGUAGCCAACAUCGCCGGCAUCGUGAAAUGGGCCGAAGAGGUCGUCAGGUCUGCCGUCAGGGAUCUCCCUUACGCAUCCAUCGUGAUGGCCGGCGUCUCUCUUUUCCUUCCGCUUCAGAGGUCGUAAUUAACGCAUUGGUGGCGCUAUCGAAGAUCUUCACCAGCAUCCUUGACGACCUCAAAGGCGACCCCUCACAGAGAAGCUACAUCAUCAACGACGCGCUUGACGAGUGUACCGGGGACCCCGACCGGCUUCUCGGGCUUAUAGCAAAAAAAAUCGUCAGAAUGCCAAAAUGUAAAGUGGCUGAUAUCCAGCC